AUGGCCUCCGAUGAACACGAAAGCUCCUUUGCCAACGACCCGUACUCGUGGGAUGGUCUGAAGGGAUGGAAGAGCUACCGCACCCUGCGCCCGUUUCGAGGCAUGUAUUGGGAUGUCCGGCGACGACUUCCAUUCUACUGGAGUGACAUAACGGAUGGCUUCAACUAUCGAACAAUGGCCGGUACCGUUCGGAUCUUCUUCGUCAAUCUCCUGCCUGCGCUGGCAUUCGAGUUGGAUAUGAUGAGACGCACCGACGGCUUCUUCGGCAUCAACGAGGCCCUCUUCUCCUCUGCCUUGGCCGCCUUGGUGUUCAGUCUGCUCUCGUGUCAGCCUUUGACGGUCGUCGGAAUCACCGGUCUGAUCUCGCUCUUCAACUACACCAUCUUCGACAUCUGCGUGCAUCAGGGCAUUCGAGAGCUGUAUCCAGAAUUCCUGGCCUGGGUCGCAAUCUGGGCUGCAAUCACGCAUUGGAUGUCUUCCAUUUUCAACUGGUGUGACUACAUGCGCUACAUCACAGACUUUUCGAGUAAUUCUUUCGGCACCUACGUGUCCAUCAUUUACAUGAUCAAGGGAGUUGAAGAACUAGUCGCUAAUUUUGAUCAAUCGAAUCUGGCUGCCGGCUACCUCGGUAUCAUCAUCGCUUUAUGCUUCUGGGCCACUGUCUACUGGCUCGAGAACAUGGGCGAUACGAUUCUCUUCAAGCCAUACUACCGCAAGCUCCUCGCAGACUAUGCUUAUCCCAUCGCCACGAUAUUUUGGACGGGAUUCUCACACAUCCCUGGUCGCAUCAAGGACGCUGGCCUACCGCGAAUCCCACACACUCGAGCUUUCUAUCCCACCAUUGACCGACCGUGGUUGAUCGAAUUUUGGAAUUUGCCAGUGAAGUGGGUGUUUGUCGCACUGCCCAUUGGCAUCUUGCUCACACUACUUUUCUACUACGAUCACAACGUCAGCUCCCUCACAGCUCAAGCCAAGCAAUUCCCCCUGAAGAAGCCAGCAGGCUUCCACUGGGACUUCUUCCUUCUUGGUUGCACCUCAUUCGCCGCAGGCAUUAUCGGAAUUCCAUUACCAAAUGGCCUGGUCCCGCAGGCGCCUGUGCAUACCGACUCGUUGGUAGAGUACACGGAUGUGCUCACGGUAACCAAGGAGAAGAAAGACGAUGCCCCGGACGACGACCAAUGGCUCAAUCGGAAUCAUAAGAAGAUUGAGGCAGUGCAAGUUCGCGAGCAGCGAGUGUCGCAUUUCCUCAUGUGUCUUGCUCUAACAGGCUGCAUGACGGGUCCACUAUUGACCGUCCUGCACACAAUGCCACUCGGACUCUUCGGUGGCGUGUUCUUCGUUGUCGGCUGGAGCGGCAUUCCCGGAUUCAACAUUACCCAGAAUCUCCUCUACUGUCUCAAGGAAAAGCGAUUCAUCGAUCCAAACGACCCUCGCAAUACUCUCCAGAGACGAAGAAUCCUCCUCUUCACAUUCUUCCAGCUCUUCGGCGUCCUCUCCAGCGUGGCGAUUUCACAGACUAUCGCUGCGAUUGGUUUCCCCGUCAUCAUCACAGCUUUGAUUCCUCUCCGAUGGGUCAUCCUACCACGAAUCUUCACGGAGCACGAAUUGAUGAUUCUAGAUUCGCCCACUGCAGACUCGGACGUGGUGCUUUGUUCGAUGGGAGGACAGCCGGAAAGACCUGAAGUACGCAUGGCUCGAGAGCGCCGAGAAAAGCGUGAUCAGGAUGGCGAUGGCGAGGGACAGGAGAGCCAGAAGAGUAGCGGCAUCAGCAGCUCAAAAGCUGCAUCUCCCGGCAUGAGAUCGAGAGAUAAGUUUAAGGACGAGGAGGAGUUGAAGUAUGAUGAGCGAGAAAAGGAACGGGAGUCGGAAGGUAUCAAGACGACGCUGAACACCGGACAUAAUUAG